AUGAGGAUGUUGUUGGAAGACAAGCAUAAUCCCAUUACAUGGGAAGUAUUUAAAGAUAAGUUUUAUGAAGAGUACUUCCCAAAUAGCGUUUGGUUCGCUAAGGAAGUGGAAUUCCUCCAGCUGGUACAAGGAGGGAUGAUCGUGUUUGAAUAUAUCGACCGGUUCAAGCAUCUCGUUCAGUUCUAUACAAUGGGGAUCAAUGAAGAGUGGCAGUGCAGGAAAUACAAAAAUGGAUUAAAGCCAAAUCUCAAGGUGAUGAUAUCAAAAUUAUGCAUCAAGUCUUUUCCAGUCAUGGUGGAAAGAGCUAAGGUGCUAGAGAGGAAUAUGCUGGAAGCCGAGCGGCAGAAGAAGCAGCAACAGACUGUUAGAGGACCAAUUCCAACCAGGAGUGGUCUUGGUAUGAAGAGAACACCUUACUCUCGGCCUUUUUCAUCAGGAUUUGAUUCCUCCUCUCAAGCAUCGACAUUGGUUGAUUAG